CACCAAAACACGUUUUCACCAAAAGUGGAGUCACGUUGACAGGGCUGAUUAACUUAAAGCUCAACAGAGUGCACAUUUUACUAUGACUUUUUCUCUCCUGAGUCACCUUUACAUGUAUGACCCCAUCGUUGGUCACACCUUCAUAUAUAGAGUCAAACAGUUCUCGACUGCGGUACCUUUUCAAAACAUCAUCAUGAGAAACAUCAUCGUUGCGGCUCUUGCUCUCUUUGCCUGGUAGACAGUAAACUUUUUACAAUUUUAGGUUUUUGCAGAAUUGUCAUAAAAUAUGAUUUCAAAGUUAUACAUUAUUUAUUGCCUCAUUUAUUUUUCACUUACUUAUUGAGAUAUUAAUAUAUUAUGAUUACUAUUGACAAAUUGAUGUUCAAUUAUUUCUCCUUUUAUGUAACUAAAUUUUAAUUAUUUUUAAAAAUAAAACGAAGUGUCAUAAUUUUUUUUUUUAAAUAUCGUAGUUUAAAAAAAAAAAAGUAAAAAAUAUAUUGAUUAUCUCAAAUUCAUCAGUUUUCUCUUUAAAUAUUGAAGCGUGGUGGCUCAGCCAGGAGGUGGGGGUGCCAAUUUGGACAGAAUUUUCAACCAGUACGCUGGCAAUGACAACCAACUCACAAAUGCUGAGUUGAACAGAUUUUGGCUUCACUUUGAUGAUGACGGUAAGAACAUUUUAUUUACUCAUCCUUAGAAAGGUUUAUAUCGGUUAAAAUAUUUGAAUCGUUAUUUUUUAUAUCUUUUAAAAUAUUAGUUUGAAGUCUUUUUGAAAUUUCCAACGCCAAGUCAUUAGAUCAAAACGAAAAAAAGAUACAACAUAACAACGAAGAAAGGGUUUAGAGCAUAUAUGUAGAAUGAUAAUUAUAAGAUAAAGAUAUCGUUUGUAUAUUACUGAAAUUAAUUAUAUUACCAAUGACAUGGAUAUGAAUAAAAUGGUGCGCUAUUUUGAAUAGGCGACAAUAAUGCCAUCAAUAAAAAUGCGGAGUUAAUCUCUACCGACAGUGAAUGACGGUAAACAUCUUUGUUUAAGGUGACGGUGCAGUCUCCAAGCAAGAGUUUGACAGCAGCUGGAGACAAGAGAAUUUACCCAACCCACAAAACGCGCCACUUUUCUUCCUUGAGUUGGACAGAGUACCUGACGAGGUCCUCAACUCCCAGGACUUCCCACACAUCUUCAGACUCUGGGAUGAGAACGGUACGUUUUGUUUGUUACAUUUUUUUUUUUCUGUUUCCUAUUCACUGCUCAUCAUCCAAUAAAUCUAAACACCACGGACUUAACAAUACUAAUUUUAUUCGAUGCAGAAUCAAUGUUGACUAUUUUAUCGUUCAAUUUUGCUUAAGAAGAAACUGGUUGAAAAACUUCAUAGCAUAAACUUUAAUAUUUGAAAAAAAAAUGUAUUACUCUUCCUGUUAGCUAAUUAAGUCCAAGUUAUAUUAGAUCAGAUCAUUUCAAAUAUAUAUUCAAGAUAAGAUAAUAUUCUUUUUUCUUAUAAAUAAAUGGAAAUGUUUUUGAUUACAUUGUAUAUAUACAUUUUCAUUACAUAAAUAAAAAAAAAUUUAUAAAUUUAUAACCAAGGCAACCUAUUACAAUGAUAAUAAUUUAAACACAAGACAUGUAAAUAUUUCUCUAGAGUAGAAAUCAGCUAUAAGUUACUCCUUUAGUGACACUAAUGACUUUAUUAGUGAUAAUUUAGAUUUGAUAAUCGCUGGGGGAGCUGUCGGUCCUAACUUUAAGAGAAAUAAUUCACCCUUAUCGAGCUGAUCUUUGGUAUCUGUGAUUAAGUGGGUGUGAUGUAUCAACCAAAUUAUUUUCAGUUUUGUAACAACAUUUUUCUUCAAAUAGUUCUUAAAGUAGUUUAAUGUUUGUGCUUUUAUUAGUCUUUUGUAUCGGUAUUUGAUGUCAGACAAUGAAUUCCCACAUCAGCAGGCAAUACUGAAUUAUAGUAAACUUCCAAUCGCUGUACUGUAGAAUUUGUUGCUAACUUGUUUAUUUACGACGAAAUUGUAAAAUUUUUUAAGAUAGACAAUUCUUUGGUUGACAUUUUUAUACAGCAUUUGUCCAUAUGUAUAUAUAUAUAUAUAUGAAAUCUAAUUUAUGUGCUUAUUCUUGAGGGCACAAUUUCAAUUAAGCAGCAACGUGAGACAUGGGCGGCCGCAGGUAGGGGCAAGGGGGGGCACUUGCCCCCCCCCCCGGGAUUGAUUGGAUACAAAUUUUUUAGACAAAAAUAGACAAGAAAUUUAUUAAAGUAAAGAGAAAAUAAAGAGAAAGUAACUAAGCUGAUGUCCUAUCCGUUCGUUCACCAUGCAAAUACGCUACAGUAAAUUAAAACUACAUUAAAACAUUACUAAAAAUUUUUUGCCCUCCCCCCUGGAAAGUCAAUCGAUUUUUGUUGCCCCCCCCCCCGAAAGUUUUCUGCGGGCGCCCAAGACGUGAGGUGCUCUUUUUUUCUAAAUACCCGCUAUUACAAAUAGCGUGGAGAAGGUUAAAUGUUUCUACAAAUAACUUUGAAAGGCGUUUUUUUUCAAAAAUAUUUUUAUUACAAAAUUAAAAUAAAAAGUGUUUCUGUGUCCGUGUUAAAAAUCAGAAGACAUCAUUUGAAGCGUGAACAGUUUACAUGAAAAACUUAAUCUUUGAGUAAUCUUCCUUCAAUCUAAUCAUGGAACAGUAAAUACAAAUCUUUUUCUGUUACCAUAAAAUUAAUGAGAUACAGUGUAAAAACUGCCAUGUUUUCGAUGACGUAUUUGAGCUUGAUAUGAAUAGUUCAAACAUUCUUUCCUUUGCAGGUGAUGGAUUCGUCACCGAGAGAGAGUUCAGAUUCAACUGGAACGCCUACUUUGAUGAUUAAAUAAAUAAAAGCAAUGAAACUGUGAUUUUCUUUAAAUGUUAAAUAUUAAAAAAGUAAUAUAAAACUGUUUUUGUUAUGUACACAAUUUUUGAUUUUUUUUUCACUGUAUACUUUGUUUUAUAAAUUGUUUUAUAUAUUUACAUCUUCAAAAUUGUUGAAAGGAAAAGUCAAAUUUUGAUGAAAUUAAAUAAUAUACGUUUAUCAUUUCCACUUCCACCUUUCCACCUCCACAUACAAAAAAUGCUGUUAAAGAGGAAAAAAAGAUUAUGUUAUUACCAUCAAUGUAAAAACUUGUGACAAAAUAUAAAAGAAGACAUAUAAACCUAUUUGCUGAAUAAAAAUACGACUUAAUUUAAGCAUAAAAUAACCAGAUAAAAAGAUCAAGUAAAAUAAAAUAAAAAUAUUAUGGAAUGAAUAUUUAAAUUCCCACAUUUAUCAAUUAAAUGUGUGUUCUUAAAAAUAUAUGUGUUAUAAAUGCUAUGGUCGGCUGUUUUAGCCAUAAGCCCCAGGUUUCAUUUCCUGGGCAACAUAAGAGAAAAUAUGAAUCCAAUGCAAGACAACAUAAAACGAUCUCAUAGCACAUGUUCAUAUAUCAUCCUAACAAAAAAAUAAAUAAUUUCAUUUACGCACAAAUCCGCGAUCUUAUCUAUGUAGUUUUCUUGACUAUUUCUUUCUUGAUCACUGAAACAUGGUUUGUGGUAACAGGUUUGUUACUGCAUUUUGUCACAUCUCCUUAACUUAUGCACAGAACAAAACAACAUAUAAUGUGUCCUCGUUUUGCACAUGCCUCAUGCAGAGCAAACGGUUGGAAACAAUUUAGGUACACAAUCCAGACGACAGAUUUUCAUCCACUAAGUAAAAAAAUAUAAAAAAAUAAUACUUACUGUCUUUUUGAAAAGUUAAAUGGACUACUACUAUUCCUAAAUUUGAGGAAGGGAAAAUAACUCUUUUGAGGACAUUUUUAUAAUGCUUCUACCGAUGUGUGUGUAUUUUUUUUUUACACCGAAGAUGAGUUGUUUAAACAGGAAAAUGAUAAAAGUAUGAGUGAUACUUUUGCAGGGACACUUGCAAAAACUUUUACAAAUUAACUUCUUCGCAGGUCGAAAUCCACAAGGCCUGGGAUCAUUCUUUAGGAUUAUAAGCUGGUUCCCAACAGCAAAUCGACUCUCUUCACGCAACUGGAUAACCCAAGGGAACAACAUAUGGAUGAUACAACUUGGCACCAGUGACGUCGCAGGAGCUGAAGAAAUGUUUCAUUGGACAAAUGUUAUCCGCCUAAGGGACUCCAUCUCCGGGUUUUGAAUUCAGAGUUUCGUUCUCUUAGAUGAGUUGCCAUCCAGGGUUAAGGGGAGAGACUGCGAUCAGGUUAGCAAAAUAGGUAUAGAGUAAAACAAAGUAAGACACAAUUCUUUUGCUGCCAUCUGGAUACUACUGCUCAGCUCAUUGCUAUUAAAAAAAAAAAUAUAUAUAUUUUUCUGUUUCUGUUUUGCUGACGAGGACUUCCUGCCGGCACGUUCGUUUUUUCCAUUUUUUUUCAGGUUUGACCUUGCUUUGUUUUACGGUUAACAAGUCCAAUCCACUUGAGCUGUUGAUGGUGUAGUUUCUUGAUUGGACUUUGGGGCUUGAACUCCAGACCAUGAACUUGAGAUUUCUUCAGUUUAAGCCACGUGGCUACCCAGCUAACAGCUAUAUUUAUUAUUAUACGAUGGAUAAAAUAAUCAGAUGAACCACUAAUCUGUAAUAGGUUAAAUGAGAAGAAAUGCGCAAAAUACGAGGUCAAGCCGUUUUUUUUUAUUCGGAUCGUUAUAUCGUUUUACAAAUUGAAUAUUUUUUAAAGAUUUGGCUCGUUAGAUGAACAAAACGCAACAAAGUACUGAAAACCAGUAAAUAAAGAAAGAGGAUGGCAAAGUUGUGAUGCUAACACUAAUCAAGUUAAUGACACUAAUAAGUUGAUAUAAAAAUACGACAUCAAAUAUUAAGAAAUAAAAACUAUACUAACUUACGGCACAGCAAGUGAAAAAGUAUAAUAUUAGAAAACUACAAAUAUUAUUCACAACAUACACCCAAUGAAACGUGUUGCAUGUCUUAUUUGGCUCCUUUAAAUUUGGCAAGUCUCGAAAAUGCCUGCCGGUCAAAGUCAACCGUCGUAUUUAUAUAAAGGGGGUCAGAACCCAGCAGAAGAGAAAGUCUAGAAAUCAAAUCGCCAGAGAAUAUUUAUACUUGAUGUUUUAUAAUAUAGAUUCUGCUGGAAACGUAAAAAAAAAACCCUUUCCCAAUCAAGUGCAAUGGAGGAAAGAAGUGUCAGAGUAAAUUGGUGACAUUAGUAAAAAAAAAAAAAAAAAAAGAAAAAAACAAAGGGGGGGGGGGGGUAAUGUUGCAUGACACGGCUCGAAACCACGCAGGGUUAAAAAAAAAUGGUCAGCACCCUGGAUGCUAGUGUGGAUGAACACCAGAGGCGCAGCGAGGGUGUUUGGCGACCGGGGACAAGUUUCGCGCCCGGGGACAAGAUCUAUUUUAUAGCGCCCUUUUUUUCUUUUUUUUCAACUCUCAAACCCAUUAUUUUCAUCAAUAAAAUAAUAUCAAAGCACAUUUUGGCGCCCUUAACUAGCUAGCGCCCAAGGACAUCUGUCCCCCCUGCCCUCCCCUCGCUACGCCUCUGAUGAACACAGAAAAAAGUCUUAAGGAGUGCGCUCUUUUGAAGCGAUAGCGCCAAAAUUAUGGAACACUUUGCCUCAAUUUUUGAAGGGAAUUGAAAACGAUAAAAAUCAUUUAAGAAACAUUAAAAAAAACUUUUUUGUUAAAAUAGAUUUCGGACAACCAGAGCACAGUCAGCCGUGCUAACGUGGCAUGGACACCAGCGCGAUAUAAAUAUCCAAUCAAUCAAUCAAUCAAUAAAACAAGUAUUAUACCUUACAUUUUUAAAAUAAAAUUAACGAGCCUAUCGCAGGCCUUUGUUAGGUAUAUUUCGGAAAAUAUUUCAGACUUAAAUUGUGUUUCUAGAUGUCAACGUUUGAAAAAUCAUUCGAUUUUGAAACGCUGGUAUAUUCUAUAUAAUAAUAUACAACACAUCUUCUUCUACGCGCCUAGACUACAAUGAAAAUAUAUUUUACGAAAAUGGUUCGAGAUAAUAUUUCCUAAACAAAACACCCACAACUGUUUCCCAAUAUUUAUUGAGAUAUCUUUAACAUUGACCGAUGUUUAAAUAAAGCUGUAUUAAAUAAAAAUUUACCCAAACUUUUGCCUCGAUCCUGAACUAUGCUCCGGAAAAUCGUAAAAGUAAAUGAUUUCGUUUUUCUAAGGAAGAACCAUUUCAAUUUUAACUUUUGUAAAAGCUUUGAACUCUUAGAAAUAUCCUUAAUCCCCAAUUUUUUUUUUUACCUGCCCUUGCUUGUCUCUAAACUGUAUUUUCACAAAAUGGAGAGCUAAACAUCCGUAUCUUUAAAGUUGUUAAAUCAUGUUUCCCCUUUUACAACAGCAUUGUGUUUUAAGAGAUUUGUAUAUUCUUACUUGAAUUUUUUUCACAAAUGUGUCCACGCCCAUGAACUGUAUUUCAGGGAAAUGCGCAAACAAAACUUGCAUCUAUUUUUAAAGAAUACACUUCCACGACUGUGGAAUCAUCGUUUUUUAAAGAUAUUGUAUUCAUAUAAAAAUUUGGAAACCUUUUUUCUUUGCACCGGGAAAAAGUAUUAGCGCGCAAUGUUUACACUGCAUUUUUAAAAGAGUGUAUCAAAAUAACUUUUUUUUGCAUCUGUAGCAGUGUGGGUUAAAUUUGUACUCAAAAGGUAUACAAUUAAUAUCAUCCAGAGAUGCUACAAUCUUUUGACUAAUAAACUAUUUAAACAAUCCCUAAACAACCCUUAAAAGCAUAUUUUAUCGUAUAAAUCCUUUAUAAAAUGUAAUAUAGAGCAAUUUGGGAGGGGGGGUGUGAGGCUGAAAAUUUGACAUAACAUGGUAACAAGUAACGCACUUUAUAAGAAUCCCAAAUAGUGGUCCCCCCCCCACCCCCCAAAGGCUCGCAACUUCACAAUUUUCCCGCUCCCCUGAGCUACUCUAAUGACACACCCACUUUUACACCGCAGAUUUAUUUCACCAACCAUUUCAGAAAAUCAAAGAAAAUAUUACGCACCAAACGCGCUGGAGAUAUUUUUGUUUUAAGAAUCUUAUUUAGGGCAGUUAUUGGGGGGAUUUUCCUUCAUGAUCCUCUAGAAAAGCAGGAAAAACUGAUUUUUAGGGUUUUGGGUUUGGAGGGAUUUGGGGUGAAAAUUUGAAAUACUGUGUUGUCAUCGUCAACGAAUCUAUUUGCCUAGUUAGCUCGACAGCUUGACGGGAAGUGAAUUAAUAAGUCGUCCGACGAUUUCGACUAUCCACCCCCCCCCUCCGCCCCAAGCCCGUCACGAACGAAAUAAAGCGACGUUAAUAUAAAGGAUUUUUAAAAAUGGGUUAGGUGCCAAUGACAUGCAAUGAUGUGGUAGGCCCUUUUCUUAGGUUGCUCUGUCCAUUAGUUAGCUUGUGUGUGGUCAAAUUUCGGACCCCAGUUUUGACCCGUUUACUUAUCUCCAAUUAAGCUUAAGUAACGAACUUUGAGUUCAUGGCUUUCCAACGAUUAUUUGACAUGAAACAAAUUUUUUCCCCCCAACACGUUUUAAACAAAAAAUUUGUCACUUUGAUAGCAUAUGCCCUGAUUAGGUAAAAGUCAACAGCGUGCACACUGUUUCAUUCCCUUAUUCUCCCAGUAGUUAUCUUGACAUGUCAUGACCCCCAUAUGUGGUCACACCUGCCUAUAUAUAGUCAAACAGUUCACGACAGCAUUACCUUACCAAAACAUCAUCAUGAGAAACAUCAUCGUUGCAGCCCUUGCUCUCUUUGCCUGGUAAAUAGUGACUUUUUAAAAAUGUAUUGGCUAUUGCAGAAUUGUCAUAAAAUAUGAUUUGAAAGUUAUACGUUUAUUUGAAUCAAUUGAUUUUAUUAGUCACUUAUUGAUUGGAAUAUUUAAUGAAACAUGAUUACUAUUGUCAAAUCGAUGUUCAAUGAUUUCUAAAUUAUAAAUUUUAAUCAUUUUUAAUGUCAAAUAAAGUGUAAUCAGUUAAGAACGUUAAGUUAAACAACUAUAAAGAAAUUCUCCUAAAUUAUUUAAUUGUCUCUUUAAAUUGAAGCGUGGUGGCUCAGCCAGGAGGUGGGGGUGCCAAUUUGGACAGAAUUUUCAACCAGUACGCCGGGACUGACAACCAACUCACAAAUGCUGAGUUGAACAGAUUUUGGCUUCACUUUGAUGAUGACGGUAAGAACGUUUAGUUUUCUUAAAACUGGCAAGUUUUGCAUAGAUCGAGUCUGCCCCACAUUAAAUCUAAUAAAAAUUUUCAACACUUAAACGUUAGAUUUAAUUCGGGGAAAAAAUUUAAAAAAUCAUAACCAUGAAAAAAAUAAAAAGGUUUUGAACAUAUAUCCACAACGAUAAUUUAAUAUUUUAAAAAUACCUUUUGUAUGUUAUUAUGAAAUACAUAUGACCUAAUUAUGCAUAAAAAGCCCCAUUAUUAAAAUAAAAACCGAGAAUUAAAAUAAGAAUAUUAAAGUAAAUAUAAAUUAUAAUUUUUCCUUACAGCUGACGGUUCAGUGUCCAAACAAGAGUUUGACAGCAGCUGGAGACAAGAGAAUUUACCCAACCCACAAAACGCUCCACUUUUCUUCCUCGAGUUGGACAGAGUACCUGACGAGGUCCUCAACUCCCAGGACUUCCCACACAUCUUCAGACUCUGGGAUGAGAACGGUACGUCAGUUUUGUCAGGGGUGUCUGUCUUUACUUUUAACCGUAGUGUUCCAUACAGGCUCGAAGUUAAAAAUUUUAUCGAUAAUUUAAAAAAAAAAUAAAUUUAAAACUGAUAAACCUCAAUGCAUUACCUUAAGUACAUGAAAACAAUUAUUCUCCCUAUUAGCCUAAUGUUAAGGGAUCAUGCCGUCGGAUUCCUGUUAUUUAAACAUCUCGUUAUUAAGAGAUAUCUAUAAUUUCUCUGCCAAAACUUGCAGUCACAAAUUCAAAGAAGCAGCAAAAUACAAAAAAAAAAGAAAAAAAAAAACAAAAAAAACUUGUCGUACUUUUCUUUGUGCUCGCAUAUUAAAAUUAUUUUUGCUUGGG